AUGGCAAAGGUUCCAUUCAACAUCCUAUGUAUCGGAGAUUCACUCACGGCAGGGUCACCAUCAUUGCACCCCUACGCAUUGAAGCUCAAGGAGAAGCUUGAGGGGGCACUCCCGCACUACGAUGUAGAAUGCGAUGUGCAAGGGAGAGAAGGUGACCAAGUGACUCAGGGAGGAUUUGAUAAGCGGCUAGAGACCUCGUGGGCUGUGGCAGACAGGCCGUUCGACUGGACAAUUGUGCUAGGAGGCUCAAAUGACCUUACCUGGAACAAGAAAGCGGAGGAUGUCAUUGCGGCGCUUGAGAACACUUGGGAUAUCGCACUGACAGAAGGCGGCCGAGUUCUCGCCAUGACGGUGCCGGAGUACAGGGCCAAGAUUCAGAGGAUCAAUGACCGCCGAGACGAGGUGAAUAAGGCGAUCAUGGCACAUAGCCAUCCACGCUUCUACACUCUUGACUUGCACAAGGCCAUUCCAUACCACGCGAUGAGUGACGAAGAUCGAGAAAGGUACUGGGACAGCGACGGUGUGCAUCUGACUGCCGCCGGCUACGAUUUGAUGGGAGAGAAGGUGGCAGAGGGGCUCAUACGGAUCAUCAAGUCGAUAUCGUAA